AUGGCCGCAAACGGUACUCAGAGCAGUGACUUCACUGUCAAGGCUGGUCUCGCCCAGAUGCUGAAGGGUGGCGUGAUCAUGGACGUCGCCCGCAUCGCCGAAGAAGCCGGCGCUGCUGCCGUCAUGGCGCUCGAGCGUGUCCCCGCCGAUAUCCGUGUCGAGGGCGGCGUUGCGCGCAUGUCCGACCCUACCAUGAUCAAGGAGAUUAUGGAAGCUGUGACUAUUCCCGUCAUGGCCAAGGCUCGCAUUGGUCACUUCGUUGAAUGCCAGAUCCUCGAGUCCAUUGGUGUUGACUACAUUGACGAGUCGGAAGUCCUUACCCCCGCCGACGAUGUCUACCACGUUACCAAGCACGGCUACAAGGUCCCCUUCGUGUGCGGCUGUCGCAACCUCGGCGAGGCCCUCCGUCGUAUCUCCGAGGGUGCUGCUAUGAUCCGCACCAAGGGUGAGGCCGGUACCGGUGAUGUUGUCGAGGCCGUGAAGCACAUGCGCACCGUCAGCGCGCAGAUUGCUAAGGCCCGCGGUAUUCUCCUUGCUAGCGCCGAUGCCGAGCCCGAGCUCCGCGCAUUCGCGCGUGAGAUCGAGGCGCCUUACGAGCUUGUUCGCCAGUCUGCUGAGCUUGGUCGUCUUCCCGUCGUCAACUUCGCUGCCGGUGGUGUUGCUACUCCCGCUGAUGCGGCACUCAUGAUGCAGUUGGGCUGCGAUGGUGUCUUCGUUGGCUCCGGUAUCUUCAAGUCUGGCGAUGCUAAGAAGCGCGCUCGUGCUAUCGUCCAGGCCGUCACUCACUACAAGGAUCCCAAGGUCCUUGCUGAGGUUAGCCAGGGUCUCGGUGAGGCUAUGGUUGGUAUCAAUGUCCGCCAGAUGCCCGAGGCUGACAAGCUUGCUGGCCGUGGCUGGUAG